UCCUCCUUGUGCCUGCGGUUGGGCAGGGAGCAGCGGCGCUACUCGCUGUGGGACUGCCUCUGGAUCCUGGCCGCCCUGGCCGUCUACUUCGCGGACGUGGGCACCGACAUCUGGCUGGCGGUGGACUAUUACCUGCGGGGCCAGCGCUGGUGGUUCGGGCUCACCCUCUUCUUCGUCCUCCUGGGUUCCCUCUCCGUCCAGGUCUUCAGCUUCCGUUGGUUCGCCCACGACUUCGGCACCGAGGACAGCGCCGCCGCCGCCGCCGCCGCCGGGCCCUGCCCCGCCGCCGAGAGCAAGCUGCUGGUGAGCAGCGGCUCCGCCGACAUCGACGCCGCUCGCCCCGGCACGCCGCAGCGGCAGGCGUCCACCGCCAGCAAGAGCAACGCCACCAACAGCAGCAGCAACAGCAGCAGUAACGCCGCCGCCGGUCCCGGUGCCCCCGCCGCCACCGCCACAGCCGCCGGUGCCCCCUCCUCCGGUCCCCGCUCCGCCGGCGGCCGGUCGGCGUCCUGCGCCUUCUGUAUCUGGCUCCUGCAGUCGCUCGUCCACAUCCUGCAGCUGGGGCAGGUCUGGAGGUAUUUCCACACAAUAUACUUGGGUAUCCGGAGUCGACAGAGUGGAGAGAAUGACAGAUGGCGGUUUUAUUGGAAAAUGGUGUAUGAGUAUGCAGAUGUGAGUAUGCUGCAUUUGCUCGCCACGUUUCUGGAAAGUGCACCACAGCUGGUCCUGCAGCUCUGUAUUGUUGUACAGACUCGCACACUCCAGGCUCUCCAAGGUCUUACUGCUGCAGCAUCUCUCGUAUCCCUGGCUUGGGCUUUGGCUUCCUACCAAAAGGCCCUCCGUGACUCCCGUGAUGACAAGAAACCCAUCAGUUAUAUGGCUGUUAUAAUCCAGUUUUGCUGGCAUUUCUUCACAAUCGCAGCGAGGGUCAUUACUUUUGCUCUGUUUGCCUCGGUUUUCCAGCUGUACUUUGGGAUUUUCAUCGUGCUGCACUGGUGCAUCAUGACCUUCUGGAUCGUCCACUGCGAGACGGAGUUUUGCAUCACUAAAUGGGAGGAGAUAGUUUUCGACAUGGUCGUUGGGAUAAUCUAUAUCUUCAGCUGGUUCAAUGUCAAGGAAGGAAGGACACGCUGUAGGCUUUUCAUUUACUAUUUUGUGAUCCUUUUAGAAAACACCGCCUUGAGUGCUCUCUGGUAUCUGUACAAGGCCCCACCAAUCUCUGAUGCAUUUGCCAUACCAGCACUGUGCGUAGUGUUCAGCAGCUUUUUAACAGGCAUUGUUUUUAUGCUCAUGUACUAUGCCUUCUUUCACCCCAACGGACCAAGGUUUGGGCAGUCGCCAAGCUGUGCUUGUGAGGACCCCGCCACCGCCUUCACCCUACCCCCAGAAGUGGCCACAAACACUCUACGGUCCAUCUCCAACAACCGCAGCGUCACGAGCGAGCGGGAUCAAAAAUUCGGGGAGAGGGAUGGGUGUGUGCCCGUGUUUCAGGUGAGACCCACCGCACCAUCCACACCUUCAUCCCGGCCACCAAGGAUUGAGGAAUCUGUCAUUAAAAUCGAUCUGUUCAGGAAUAGGUACCCAGCGUGGGAGAGACACGUGUUGGACAGGAGCCUGAGGAAGGCCAUCUUAGCGUUUGAAUGUUCCCCUGCUCCUCCACGGCUACAGUAUAAAGAUGAUGCCCUUAUCCAGGAGCGCUUGGAAUAUGAAACCACAUUAUAAACAGAACAACGACACAGCUCGAAGAAGCUCCCGUGUUACAGUCCAAAUUAAGGGUUGACAGUAGGGCUGUAGGAACCACUAAACUGCGUACUACAAGUAGAGCAGCAAGCUGUAGUGUUCUUAGUCUGGCUACCAUCAUGAUUAUCAUUUGAUCCACUGUGUGCAGUCUGUCUGCGGGACACUGAUACAGCAGCGUCACCUGAAAGCCUCAAAAAAAACCCCCCAAAACCCUGACCCAUACAUACAGAUCGGUUACUUCAGCUGGGGAAACUCACCCGCAACUCCUUGCUGCUAUGAACCUCUGACUGCACAGUACUUAAAAUCAAACCAAUAGGAAGGCUCUGACCAGAGCUUUCGACUCUAGCCAGUAGUGCAUUUUAUUUUAGAAAUGAAUGAUUGAUCUUUGCAUAAUCAAUGGCAAAAACAAACACACACACACACACAAACUUUUCAAAAAUAACAAAACUGUAGCACACAGUGUUGCUGUUACGAAAACUGUUUUCUAGGGGGGAAAAAUUGGAGCACAGUAGUCUUCAACACUCCCCAUAAAUCAACCAUUCAGGUUAGAAUAGGUUUGCAAAAUAUUUCUUAAUUAAAAAGCUACAUCGUCA